AUGCUAGCACUUGGUCGUUCAUUUGCCAAGCUUUCGGUCAUCCCAGCAGCAAGAAUAACAGCAACUCGUGCUUAUGCCACAGUUGGAGACAAGAAGCUUCGACACCCCGCACUUAACAAAGACAAUGUGCCUGACUUGAGCAAAGUCGAUUACAUUCUCGAUCAUCCUACUGAAAAGCCUAGCACAUUAGAACAACAAAAGACCUUUACACCUCAUCGUCCACCUGAGGUUGUGAUGAACACAGUAACUGAUAUUAUUGAUACGCCGCUUAGUGCUCCAGAACAAGCUCGAUUGAUGAAAAAAGCACUUGUGGUCAAACGAGUUGUCAACAUGAACGGUAAAGGUAAACAACCCUCCAUGUAUGCCUUAGUUGUUGUUGGAAAUGGCAAUGGCUUGGCUGGCUAUGGUGAAGGUAAAGAUGAAGAAGCAGCCCGUGCUGUGCGUAAGGCAACCAACCGUGCCAUCAAGAAUAUGCGAUACUUUGAACGCUACGAUAAUCGCACAUUACCUAUGGAUCUCACACAUAAAUUCCACGCCACCACAUUAGAACUUCGUGCUAGACCGCCAGGAUUUGGUAUUCGUACGAAUCACUAUGUGCACGAAAUCUGUAAAUGUAUCGGCUUCCAAGAUAUCAGUGCUAAAGUGAGAGGAUCAACAACACCUAUGAACGUGAUUAAAGCUGCAUUUGAGGCAUUGUCAAAUACAAAACAACCUGAGGAUAUUGCAAGAAUGAGAGGAAAGAAAUUGGCUGAUGUUCAGCAUGUGUAUUUUGGUGGUAACUAA